CAACAUGACAGACGGACGACCGAUCCUCCCCAGACUCUUUCAUUCCCCCACUGCCGGUGCAGAUCACGUUGGUUAUCAUCCGUACAGCGCCAAACUGACAAGCCAACGGAAAGUGAGCGUCGCUUGUCGAAUCUGCCAAGCAAGACGUACAAAAUGUGAUGGCGCAAGGCCUCAGUGUGGAGCGUGCACACUGAGACAGUCAGAAUGUGGAUACACUACCAAAGCAGGGCAAUCUCACUCGCAGGCCAGGAAACAGAAAAUGCAAGAACUCGAAAACGAUAAAAGGGUGAUGCUGACGAUUCUCUGUCACCUUCAAACGACCUCAUCUGACGAGGCAGGGGGACUACUCAAACAACUUCGUUCUAUCAAGACCGGCGAUGUUGACGCAAUGCUGGCCUCCAUUGGGCGGGACCAAACGGAGUCCUUUUCUACGGAUCACUCGUUCUCAUCUGGAAUAGAUAUGGAUGAUGCGGAUGGAUUAACCAGAAGGCUGAGCUCUGCAACAACACUGACGGACUAUCCACAAUCACCCUCAUCAACACGGUGUCAAGACGCCACUACGUGCUUUGGAAUAGUGCAAGUUCCCCCAGAACACGAUUUAUCGAUCGAUACUAUGCGAGCUGCUCUUGAUUUGUUCUUUACCUGUGCUAGCAGCAUGUCAUUCGUAUUCGAUCAGUUAAAUGUGGGCAGGCUGGUGGACAACAUUGCCUCGCACGCUGGUCCCACCUUCCUGGGGCUUUACAACAAAUCAGUCAGUUUGGAGGCCACGACAGAACUGUCUGAGCUGGCCGGUAUGCUUGCCGUAGGGAUAUUGUAUAUGAGAGCAGAGGCUUCCGAAACAGCACCGUCGAGUGAUGUGGCCUCAUUCUACUAUAGCAUUGGAAGGCAAGGGCUGGAUAGCGCAAUCGAGUACAGUCCUUUACGAGCUAUGAGACUAUGUGCGCUUCUAGCUUUCUACAACCUCUCCCUUCAUCCCAGUGUUGCAUCCGCAUAUAUCGGGUUAGGGUUGAACUUGGCCCAUGACAAUGGUGUCGAUACCUCUUUAUGCUCUUCAGAUAUAUCCCACGAAUCUGUUAAAAAUAAACAGAUGCUCCGAACGCUGGUUCAUCUUCAGUGUUGGUUGAGCGCAUCGAUGGACUUUGUACCGGAAAGUCUCUACAAUAGCCUAGUGCUUAUGACCGAACAGACUAUCGACGAUAAGGCCCAGUCACCAUGGAAAGCACUUCAGCAUCAAGUCGUAAAGAUAACCAUUAUCAAACAAAACAUACUCCACGGCUCUGUCGCAACUAGUUUAGAGCCCACUGCGGCCCACUAUCGUGAAAAAUUGAGCUCCUACCGUAAAGACCUGCCACACUGGAUGAGCUUGAAUCAGUUGAUUGCAGAUGGCGAAAAAGGCAUGUCCAAGGAUCCACAUGGCGCUGUACUCUAUUUGCACCUGUUCUACAUGUCGACAAUGAUGUCGUUGUCUCGCCGACUAUUAGCUGCACAUAUUUCUAAGCAAUCUGCGGGAAACUUCGAUUCGCCGAUGGAGUCGAGACUCGCAGUCGAAGAGGGUUUCAUGGCGGCGCAAAUGACAGCGCGGGUGCUCGAUCUUAUGCAUUCGGAAGGAAGCGUUAUUGAUGCAUGCUGGCUUUGCAUACACCGAUAUACUGCUUACACGGCAUGUAUCAUGAUCACAUAUUGCGCGGUGCAAAAAGCACUGAACGGACUUGACGUAACAAAGGACGUCGAACUGAUUUUGAGAUGUCUACGCAUUCUUUCCUGCUGUGCACAGAAAGAUGAGCUUUCCGGUGUUCUUCUACUACCCUUAUCAAAGUUCACCACUGUUUUGCAGGCUCACGAGAAGCAUUGGGCUGCUGAAGAGAUAUUGAAGACGGUGAAUAUAAACCGAGCGACAGAAAUCGCAAAAGAUAUCUCACUGGGUGAUCUCCUCCUUACACCGCAUUCCGGAACAACAGAGCUUCAUGCUGUUUCCCGAGAUCUACUGAGUUUGAUGCAUCGGACUUUUGGCAGUAUUCGAGUACCACCACAACUGCAGCCAGAUUCCGCAUCACCAUUCCCCGAUUGACACUGGAUCGUCACAUUUCAGAGAAUGGAUUAGAAAGAUCAAACAGGAUAGCUAGCCACGUCUUAAAGCACUUCACGAGCACUUCACCUUUCGGCAUCACCCCAUAAUAGUAAUAAUAUCAAUCAAAGGCGAGAAGAUUUCGGUAGUCGUUUCAUCAACCUCUCUUUACGUUCACCAAGCGAUUCAUGCACCUGAUAUAUAACCUUUUUCCUGUCCAUACACACACAGUUCUUCCUUUCCUGGAUGCAUUUCGAAGCUACGGAUUUUAUCACAUGGUAUCACCUGCAGAAGACACACUGAAUACCACCCCGAUGGCCUCGUCCGGCUUGGCGGCAAAUUCUUCCCCCAGAACUGAUAGGCGACGUGCCUUAACAAUUACGCGAUUGAAGCAGUGGGCAAGAUCACGGCAACUGUUUAGACUU